AUCAUAUAAUUCAUGAUUGGCAAAACAACUCUGAUUUUUUUUUGAAAUAUAUAUACUAGUAUGUCUCUUUGAGUAUUCCUAUCCCUUUAAAUAGAAAUAGGAAAAUAGAAAAAAACAAAAUCCUCAAUUUGUUCACUCUACAGCUCAUCUUUCUUUCUUUCUUUCUUCGUCACUCAUGGCGACCGGUGCUGCCCCCUUUUCUCUGUCAGGUGCAACUCAUGUCAAAGGAUGUGAACCUUGGUCUGCAAAGUCCUCCUCGUUUGUAAAGACACCUAUGGUGGCUAUUCAGAGGAAAUCAAACUCUAAAGGAACAAAAGCCGCGAAGUUGUCUAUUCGUGCAAACUACAGUGAUCAAAGAGGUGGCAGUGGUGGUGAUUUUGUUGCUGGUUUCCUUUUGGGAGGUGCAAUAUUUGGAACACUUGGCUAUAUUUAUGCUCCUCAGAUAAGGAGGUCAUUGCUCAAUGAAGAUGAAUAUGGUUUCCGGAGAGCCAAGCGACCAAUUUACUAUUAUGAUGAAGGUUUAGAGAAAACUAGGCAGACUUUGAACACUAAACUAGAUCAACUGAAUAGUGCCAUUGACAAAGUAUCAUCCGUGUUGAGAGGUGGCAACAAAAUGCCUGCAGUGCCUGUUGAGACUGAUCCAGAAGAAGCUACUAUGUGAGAACUUGUCUUGUUCCUCAUGGUCAUAGGACUACACAAAGGAGAGCCAAUUUGGGGAUAUUGAAACAGUAAACGGAUCAUGAAUUUCUAGUCCAGAUUUUUAUCGUCUUCUGAAUCUUUUUGAGAAGGUUUAAUUGUGGAUCUGUGAAAGAAAAAAAACAAAAUGUGAUUUUCCAGCAGAAUUAAAUUCUUCCAGCACUGAAUUUCAGCAUUUACAAAUAUUAUUGAAAUUAUAUUUUGGUGUCCA